CGCGCGUUCCUAUAUAAGCCGGGCGCGCGGCCACAUUCAGCAUCCAAGAUGGCGGACCUGCUCAGUUCUAUUCUCAGCUCCAUGGAGCGUCCGCCUCAAGUCGGGGACCAGGAGAGUCGGCGGAAGGCCCGAGAGCAAGCCGCCCGACUCAAGAAGAUGCAGGAACAUGAGAAGAGGCAGAAGCUGGAGUUCAGGAAACGGAUGGAGAAGGAAGUGUCGGAGUUCAUACAGGACACCACACAGACUAAAAAGAAGUUUCAGCCGAUGGGGAAGAUUGAGCGUAGCAUCCUACACGACGUGGUGGAAGUGGCCGGUCUGACGUCCUUCUCAUUUGGAGAGGAGGAGGAGAGCCGAUAUGUGAUGAUCUUUAAGAAGGAAUUUGCUCCGUGUGACGAGGAGCUGGAGGCGUACCGGAAUGGGGAGGAGUGGGACCCGGUGAAGGGGGAGGAGAGGAGGAGAUUGAAGGAACAGGCCCUAAAGGAGGAAGAGGCCGACGCCUUGAAGGGUCCGUCCCGCGUCAACCCCAACACGGACUACAAGGACAAAUACAGUCACCUGAUCGGCAAGGUGGCCGCCAAGGAUGCCGCCCACACUCUGCAAGCCAACAAGACCUACGGCUGCGUUCCCGUCGCUAACAAGCGAGACACGCGCUCCAUCGAGGAAGCUAUGAAUGAAAUCCGGGCCAAGAAGCGUUUGAAACAGGACGAUGCGGAGCCCGGCAGCUCUUAAACCAGUCU